AACAUCCCUAAAACUACACGUAAACCUUAAAAAACCGCAGGCGACCAAAACAAAAAUAAUAUGCUAUUAAAAAUAUGUUUUGUGCUGUCGCUUUUAACAGUUGCAGCUGCUAUUGAUGAUCCACAAACGAAAAAGGAUAAAUCAACGAAGUUGCCGCCUUGUAAAGCAUGCAGCGUACUUGUGGAAUCGUUUAAUUUGGGAUUGGAGAGAACAAAACGAGGCAAACAUGCCGGUGGUGAUGCAGCUUGGGAGCAGGAGAAACUGCGAGCCUAUAAGAAAAGUGAGGUGCGGUUUGUGGAAAUCCAAGAGCAGCUAUGCACCGAGGUGAAGCGAGGACAGGACCACUGUCAUACACUAAGCAACGACCAUGAGUCGCUGAUCGAAGACUGGUUUACACACAAGCAGGACGAGGAGCCCGAUCUGCAUGCCUGGCUGUGCAUUAAACAGCUGUCCGUCUGCUGCCCACCUGGCACCUAUGGGCCAACGUGUCAACCCUGUACCGACUGCAACAGUAAUGGCAAAUGCAAGGGAAACGGAACACGCAAAGGAAAUGGCCAGUGCCUGUGUGACAAUGGAUACGCCGGCGUCAAUUGCAAUGACUGCAAUGAGCAACACUACGAAUCCUUUCGUGAUGCAACAAAGCUGCUGUGCACACCUUGUCAUGCUGCUUGUGGUGACGGCGGUUGCAACGGAUCUGGUCCUAAGAGCUGUCGCAAGUGCAAGGAUGGCUGGAGCAUGGAGACCGAAAGCGGCUGUGUGGACAUUAACGAGUGCUUGGACCAGCAACGAGCAUGUAAACCACAACAGUUCUGCGUUAACAAUGAAGGAUCAUUCACGUGCCUUGAAUGCGAUCGCUCCUGUGAUGGCUGUGAUGGCGAUGGACCGGAUAUGUGUAAGAAAUGUGCAGAUGGCUAUAACCUUAAGGAUGGCAAAUGUCAGGAUGUGUCGUCGCAGCAACGCGAUUCAUAUGUGAACAUCACACGGCUUCUCACCUACUUCGGCAUGUGCGUGGCCACGUGCGUCAUCUUUCAGAGCUCCACACACAUUGCAUACAUUGUCGGCGGAGCGGUGGCUAUCUAUAUAGCUGCGUCAGAGUAUUGGUUAAAUUCAACAGCACAAGGUGCUCAAAAGCCUGAAAUAGACACAAAGCAGCUUGAGGAUUUAAUUAUGAAGUCAUUAUAAACUAAACCAAUAUUGGAAUUUAUGCUGACAGAGCGUUCAAUUUAUUCUGUGAAUAAUUCGUACAAGAGCAUUUAUCUGCAGUAUUUUAAUUGUGCAUACUAAUAUUAUGUUUAUAACUUAU